CAGGGGUUUAUCAGUGACGGUGUUCCAUCGGACACGGCUCAGUUCUUCGGUGGACGUCGCAUGGCGAGGACAUCAUCGUGACAGUAAGACAGCUAAUUUGAUCUCGCGCCCGGACACACAUCUCAUCAUCCAAGAGAAUUGGUCAAGAUCGUGACUAAAGCAAGUUAGGACGCUCUGCCGAAUAAACUGCACCACCAGCAUCAUAUCUCAGACACCAGCAUAAUGACGGAGGCGACGACGACAACGACGACGGCCAGUGUCAGCCAUUGUAGUAGAAGCCACCGAAGAAGAGGCAGUAGUGCCAGCAGUGGCGGUGUUAUGCUAAUCGCAUCAAUUUUGGUAUUAUCAGUUCAUUAUGGACAUGCACAGGAUUUUGGAUACGAUGGCGAUAAAGGACCAUCUCACUGGGGUGAACAGUAUAAUUCCUGCACCGGAAAACACCAGAGUCCAAUCAAUAUUAACUCUUUGGACGUGAAGAAGGUCAACCUGCCACCGCUAGUGUUUCAGGGUUUCGAUGUUGCACCCCGGGAAACGAACCUAACCAACAAUGGACACACUGUGGUAGUCACGAUGGAGUCGGAAGUGACGCCGACCGUGUCUGGUGGACCGCUUUCCGGUGUCUACGAGUAUUCCCAGCUUCAUUUCCACUGGGGCGAUAAUGAUACCUUCGGCAGCGAGGACAUGAUCGAUAACCAUCGUUUUCCCAUGGAGCUGCACAUUGUGUUUUACAAGCAGGAGUAUAAAAAUGCCCGUACUGCACUCAACUUUGCCGACGGGUUGACCGUGUUGGCAUUUUUCUACGAAAUCGACCCAGAAGACAAUCCCAUGUACCAGGAGUUUAUUGAGCUGCUUGGUAACGUUACCGGGAGCCAUCUGUCGGAGCGCUUUGAAACACCUCCAUCGCUGAAGGACUUGAUUGCGAAGGAUCUGCUACAUUACUACACAUACGAUGGUUCACUGACGACACCACCUUGCAGUGAGGUAGUCACAUGGAUCGAUUUUAAAGAACCGAUUUUGUUGUCUCACGCACAGGUGCAAGCUUUCCGAGCGCUGGAAAAUGAGGAGGGUCAUCCAUUGACACACAACUUCCGGCCGGUACAGCCGCUUGGUGACCGGGUGGUGCUCUACAACACGGACGAGCUGAUCAAGGAAAUUGAUCUGGAUGAAGAACAUCCCGCCGAACCGGAAGGUGUCGACACGAACAAGAUCGAUACACCCAAAUCUGAUGAACCAAUAAGCUCACCGAAAGAUCCUAGCGUUAGGAAACACCCGCGCAAUGUCGCAUCGUCACCAUUCAUGCCGCAAUGGUCAGUAUUAUGUGCCACAUUAGCGUUGGUAUGGACCGUCUUUUGUUGCUCGGAUCGAUGCUGAACGACACAAUCAUCAAUGUUGUAAAUAUAGUGAAUAGACAGUUAAGCACACAUAGAGCGCAGGCGCUGGCGUUAGUUUCGACGUACAAAAAAAACCGAUACACCGUUACCAGAGCUGCUAGUGAACCGUGAUAUGAACAAAAGGUGCGCAAGUUAAGCAAAUUUUAGAACUACAAAAUAUAACAUAUUCAGCUCGCAAGUAAGGACUAUAGAAUAGAUGAACUGUUUAGGAAAAAAAAACAUUGGCAUAAAAGCAUCUAAGGAUUUAAAUAA